AUGAUAACGACACUAUUAUUGUCUUGGGGUGGGACUAUAUCCUCAAAGAUAUUAAGUAAUAAUCAAAACAGUGACCAAACUCCAGCAUUUACAAAAAGUAGUAGCAAUGCAUUACUAAAGUUAGAUGAAAACAACAAAAAUCCAAUAAUAGCAGUAGCAACAGCAACAACUAAAAAAGUAGCGGAAGCAGUAGUUUCGACAAUGACCACUGACACCAAAAAUAUAGAGCAAACGAUUAGUACAGCUGAUUCGAGUUCAGAUACGGUUCAUCCAUUACUACACGAUGUUUACAAGUUUAUGAGAGAGGGUAUAGUUUCGUCAAUUUUCUUUUUAUUUUUGAUGGCAUUCUCUCACUUUAUAAUAAGGCGUUAUAUAAGGAAAAAGGAUGCUUUUUGGAAUAAAAUUUUUUGGGGCGCAAAUAUAUCAUUAUUUAUAAUAUUACCAUUCACAUAUUUUUUAUAUGAGUCUGAAGGAAUAAGGGGUAGGCCUCUAGGUAAAAGAAUUAAAGAGGCAUUGUUGGUAUUGCUAUUAGUGGCUGUAAUUUUUGUUGGCUUUGUUUUUAUAGUAUUCAGUUUAUUUUAUGAAGAAAAAGAAGAUAGUGGUCUAUUUGAACAUUUUAAAAGAAUUAGUACAGAUUAUUUACCUUUUUCAUAUUCAUUAAUAUCAACAUUCGGUACUGUUGUUGUAAUGCUAUCAAUACCAAGUGGAUUUAAUUAUUUAAUUACAAAAUGUAUAAAUUUAAGAAUUGUAAGACCAGUCGAGGACGAAAUUAAAGCAGCUAAAAUGGAAAUUGAAAGUAUUAACUUCACUUUAGAAAGAGCAGCAGCAGCAGGUUUUAUAAAUUUAAAUAAAAAGAAAAGUAAAACUAGAAAGAGAUUAGAGGAACUUAGAGAAUCAAAAAAUUAUGAAAAGAAAGAAAACAUUAAAAAUAAAACCAAUAACAAUAUAAAUAUAAAUAGUAAUACUAAUAGUAACAACAGUAAUAGUAGUAGUGAUUCAUCAUCAUUAAAUAAAAGCGAUAAAAUAAUGAUUGGUGAUAAUCAGCAAAAUGUAAAUAAUAAUAUCGAUAUAGCUCCAAAUUUAUCACCACCAUUAAAUUCACAAAAUUUAUCACACAGUUUAAAUAUAGCGAAAGAUUUAAAUAGUAUAGAUAUAAAUAAUAAUACAAAUAUAAAAGUUAAUAAUAUUAAUUCCAGUAAUAUAAUUAAAAGUCAAGGUAACAGCAUACAAAAUACCUCCUCUGUAAAUAGUAAUAUAAACAAUAAUAACAAUAGCAAUAACAAUAAUAACUCAGAUAGCUUAGAUAAUAAUGAUAGUAUUAUAGAUAAUUUAGAUAAUGAUAUACCAAAUAAACAUAAUUACGAAAGGAAAAAAGAUUUAAAUUUUAAAAUAUCACAGGAAGAAAUUCAAAAAUUAGAAGAUACAAGAGACGAAUUAUAUUUAUAUAUAGAGAAAUUAUUAAAGCCAAGUUAUUUCUCAUCUACCAUUCCAAGAUUUUUAGCAUCAGUAUUUCUUACAUUAAUCAACUUUACUAUAACUGGUUGGGUUAUCUUUAAGGUUUUCAUUCACAUGGUAAAGAGAUCGUUUGAAUUAUUUCAAUUAGAUUCAAUUAAAUCAUAUUUCGAUACAUGGAUGUCAUCGGCUAUAGAUCUUUCAAAAGGUUCAUCAAAACUAGGUCCAUUCGAAUCACUAUUAGAAACUACAAUUAUUAUCUAUUUAAUGAUAUCAGCAUUUGUUGGAUUUUUAAAUGAACCUUAUUUUUCAAAUAUUAAACCAAGAAUUCAUUCAACAUCACUAAGAAAGAUGAUCAUCAAUACGGGUAUUAUAUUGUUAAUGAGUUCAAGUUUUCCAGUUGUAGUUAGAACAUUAGAAAUCAGCAGAUUUGAUUUAAUGGGAUACUAUUCACAUACAAAUUAUCUUAGAAACGACUUUUUCAAAGUAUUAUAUAGGUGCUCCUUCUUAUUCAUCGUUGCAAGAAGUUAUUUAAAGAGUUUUGAAAAUUCAAGAUUGGUCUACUCUUUUAAUGCAAAUUUACUACUACCAUUAUUGACUAGAUUCAUACCAUCAUUCAUAUUGAAUAGACUAUUGAGUCAAAGUACAAUACAAAAAAUUAAGCAACAACAACAAAUAGAAAAGCAAAUUUUGAAACAACAACAAAUUUCAGCACAAACCAAUGUCGUUAAAAGUAUUCAUUCAGUUGCCAAUGAUUCAACACCCUCAUCAACAUUGUUUUCUAUCAUUUCUAAAAACCAAAACUUUUUACCAAUACCUUCAAGUUCAACUUUUGGUUCUCCCACAAAAACAACAUCAAAUAAUAAUAAUACCUCGCCAAUCAACAAUAUUUUAGCAACAAUAUCACCCAAUAUUUCAUCCACCUCAUCCGUUUCAUCAACAGCAUAUACAACUCCAACUUCCCCAUUAUUAUUAUCCUCUUCCUCAUCGUCCUCGCCAUCAAAUUUAUCUGCACCCUCAUCACCACUCUUGGGUAGAUCUAGCAAAUCAUUAAAUAAUAAUAAUAACAAUAAUAAUAUUAGUAAUAAUACUAUUAAUAAUGAUAAAACAAAGAAUCAAUUAAAAUUAUCUAAAAAGAAUUCAAUCUUUUCAUUUUUUGGUGAAUAA